AUGCCACCUAAAAAGACCAACGCAGUGAACAGUGUUGUCAGUGACCUGAUCAGAGCUGCUGCAGGUGCAAGUGCAAGGAAUGUCUCGGAUGAAGACGUCGACAAAUAUGUUGCUGAUCUCAUUCUCAAGGAAGCAGAGGAGAAGCGCAAAAAGUACAACCAGGUGGGCGUGAAAGCAUAUCAACCAGACACACCACCCAGCAACAAGCCAAAACCAAACACUCGAUUCUUAUUGAAUAUGGUCAAAGCAACAGACAGCCACAAUCAAGCAGUGAUCCGAGCAAAUGAAGAAAAUGUUGCAAGAUUGAGACAAGAGCGAUUGGAAAGGGAGAGAAAGCAGAGGGAGGAAUCCAGACGAAAAGACGAUGAAAGAAGGCGGUCGAGACAUCAUCGCCAUCACCGCGAGGAUCGCCACCAUUCUCACUAUAAAUCCAAAUCUGAAUCAACAGGAGAACCGCCAUCUCCCGAACGCUCUCACAGCAGCCGACACAAAAGACAUAGAUCAAGGUCAAGAUCACCAUUGAAAAAAGAAAGCAAGAGACAUAAACAUGACGAAAAAGAGAAGCCUGUGCAAUUCAAAGGUCGAGGAAAGGUCAAGAUCAAUUUAUCCAUGGACAAGUAUUUUUCAGAGGGGUAUGAUCCUUUAUUAGAUGUGGCAUCUGAUAAAGAGGAUGACUACGUGUUUGCAUUGAAUGAUGACAAGGAGAAAAGAAAGAGUCAAAGCAAGAAAAAGAAGAAGAAGAAGAAGAGUAAAAAAAGCGAUACAGAUAGUGAUUCCUCAGUCGACGUUGGGCCACCACCACCUGCAGUGAGAGCUUGGGACGUAGGAAAGACAUGA